AUGGGUGACACUCCAAAGCGCAGCGAGCCCCUUGAGAACGAAGCUCAUAGCCCCCUCUCACUGGAGUUCUGGCCAGACGCCGCGCCGCUCAACCUGGACGCCAUGAACAAUUCCCUGGACUGGCUGGGCGACCUGGGGCACGAUCAAGGCGGGCAGGGUGGCGCGCCGCCCGCCCUGCCACCAGGGGACCCCCUGGGCGGCGGCGCCGCCGACACGCUCCCACACGGCGGCGGCGGCAGCAGCAGCCAGCUGCAGCACCAGCAGCUGCUGCACUCGCAGCUGCAGUCGCUGCACCCCAUGCUGGCCAUGGGGCCCGCGCCAGGCGGCGACCCGCUGAUCUGCGGCGGCAGCAACGGCGCCAGCGGCGGCGACAUCUACGGCGGCAGCGGAGACCUGUCGGGAACCCUGCACCUGCACCUCCACCCGCCCAUGCAGCCGGGCGGCCUGCCCGGCGGCGGCGACCCCGCCCUCGCCCACCUACCGCCACUGGGCCCUACGGGGGUGGCGGCGCCGGGCGGGCCGCUGCACGCCGCGGGCCUGGCCUUUGCCCAUGACCUGGUGGGGGGGCACCACCAGCACCUGUACCAGCAGCCCCCCAUGAUGCACCACCAGCAGCAGGCCUUCCUGUCGCCGUACCCAGGCGAGCGCUCCAGGCCGGCCGGCCGCGCCCCCACCCGCCCGCGCCGCCCUGCCGCGGCACGGGGCGUCACCCUAUCUGCCGCUCAGUCCCAGAAGUCGCGGCUGCGCUGGACGCCAGACCUGCACGGCCGCUUUGUGGGCGCGGUGAAUGAGCUAGGGGGGCCGGACAGGGCGACACCCAAGGGCAUCCUGAAGCUGAUGGGUGUGGAAGGCCUCACCAUCUACCACAUAAAGAGCCACCUGCAGAAGUACCGCCUCAACAUCAAGCUGCCCGGGGACCAGCAGGAGGCCACCGAGGGGGAGCGCGCGCGGCGCGGCCGCCGCCGCGCGUCGCGCAGCAAAAGCGAGUCGCCAGCGGACGAGGACGAGGAGGAGGAGGGAGAGGAGGAGGAGGGUGGUAGCCGCCGCGAGAGCCGCGAGCAGGCGCCCGCCGACAGCGGCGGCGGCGGCGGCGGCGCGGUGUCGGGCGGCAGCGGCGGCAGCUCUCGGCGGCAGCAGCUGGAGGAUGCGCUCCUGCUGCAGAUGGAGAUGCAGAAGAAGCUGCACGAGCAGUUGGAGGCGCAGCGCCAGCUGCAGCUGUCCCUGGAGGCUCACAGCCGCUACAUCACCAGCCUGCUGGAGCAGUCUGACUUGCGGGGCAGCCUGCCAGCUCACCUGGUGACCGGCAGCAGCAGCGGCGCGCAGGCGGCGCUGCAGCAGCUGCAGCGAGAGGGCGGAGCGGCGGCGGCGCCCGCGGCGGCGCCAGCCGCACUGGCGUCGGCGGGCUCGGGCGCGCCGGUGGCGGCCUUUAGCGCGGCCGCUGCCGCGCAGGCGCCGUCCCCCGCGUUGCCUAGAUCCGAGCAGCAGCAGCAGCAGCAGCAGCAGCAGCAGGGUGGGGCAGCGGCGCGGCUGGGCAAAGGCGGCGGCGACGCGACGGCGGCGCCCACCGCCGGCACCGCCGGCACCGGCAGCCUAACGGCCUUUGGCGCCACCGCCACCACGCUUGCUUCGGUGUCGCCGCUGGCACCGCGCGGCGGCGUGCAGCCGCCCUCCCCUGGAUCUGCGCUGCUCGAUUUCGAGAUGGCAGAGGCCGCCGCCGCGUGGGACGCCGCUGCGGCCGGCGUCGGCGGGCCGCUGCCCAAGCUGCAGCUGGAUCCGUCCGCGGCGGCGGCGGCGGCGGCGCAGGAGGCGGCGCCGGCUGUGCUGGCGCCAGCUGGCGAGCCGGGCGGCGCGGAGCCCAAGCGCCAGCGCACCACUUGA